AUGGCUUCAUUUUCUUCAAUCGAAUUAUUGGCACAAGUAGAAGUCGUCGAGCCCAUCAGAGUGCAACUUUGGUUAAAUGUCGUAAAUUGUAUGAGUGAAUCAUCCAUGUACCAAUGUCCUCCUCGGGAUCAUCGCUUUUUUUCUUCAUCACGUCCCAUUUUGUUGAUCCGACGUUCUAUAUCAACCGUAUACAGAUUGGUUGCCUCUCGUACCACACAGGUUUUGCGUGCGGCCAAAACCGUUGUCAAAUGGUUCAUUAUUGUCGACCCACUGAUAAAUUCUAUACUAAUCAAUUAUCUCAUUGAUAGGCUUUUCGCUCUUGGACAUGCUGUACUGCGAGUGAAAAAGCGCAAGACCAAGGAGAGACAUUUCUGCUCGCCCACUACACAGUACAUACAUGUCAGGAGGCACAAACGUCCUCGUCUGAAGAUUGUGGCCAUCAAGAGAAAGCGAAGGCGUCGGAGACAGCAUCACAUUGAGCGUCCACCAGCCAAUAUGUACCCGAUGAUGGAAAUCCAGACGCUAGCUGUUCCACUCCCUCUUCCGAAUCCAACUGCGCUUAUACGCUAUCAGCAGCAGCAGCAGCAGUAUCACACUUGGUACGACCUCUCGCUCACUGAGGAAGCUCUCUCGACCUGUUGUUGUAGUUGA